UUAAACGUAAAUUUGUUGUUUACAUCAAUAUUUAAACUAUCCAAUUAUGUUGAACUGAUAGAGAAUUUAAAAUUACGCUUGAAAAGUAUCUUCGGACAUAUCAAACUCAAAAUAACAAUAUUCAACCAUGGAAAAUAUUAUGCAAUCUAUACAAGGAUGUAAUGCCAUUCGUUAUACAUCUUAUAGAACUGCUGCAAAGAUGCAGAUAUUACAUAAAGAAUUGAAUAUGCAAUAUGUACAGUUGGAAUUAAUAGCAGCAGUAUUUGAACGUCAUAGACUUUCCAUCACUGAGAAUUGUGUUAAUUUAGACUCAAGUGAGAUUGAGGAUGUUUUAUCUGAUAUUUAUUUUGCGGCACAGAAAGAAAGUAAUUUUAAUUUUGAUGUUGAUUUUGUAACAAAGCUUGCUACAAAUUAUAUUUUGACUACUUUUGACAAACAAAGUACUGGAAAUAUUUUAGUGUUUUCAGUAAAAGUUGCAUUGGUAUUAUUGAGUAAUGGUAAAUUACAAGAAAAGUAUGGAUAUUUGUAUCAGCAACUAGCCGAUCACAAUGCAUGUCUAUCUAGAGCUGGUUUGCACACCUUAUUAACAAAUAUUUGUAAAAUAACAGAAAUGCUUGGAGAAACUAUAACAUAUGGAUAUGAACAAAUUCAGACACAUAUAGAUACCUGUUUUGUAAAGUCUCAAGGAGGUCUUGGAAUUACUGAAGCAGAGUUUGCUACAUGGAUCAUGCAGGAACCUCCUCUGCUUGUCUGGAUAACAACAUUCAAUCGAUUAAAAUCUGCAGAACAUAUUGUACAUAAUAUCAGAUGUUCUUCAUGUAAAAUAACACCAAUACAAGGACCAAGAUAUACAUGCUUGAAAUGCACAGGAUAUCAUCAAUGCCAAGAAUGUUUUCUCUUAGGCAAAACAUCAAACAAGCAUAAGUUAAAGCAUCCAAUUCGUGAAUUUUGCAUGAAGACAUCACAUCGUGAAGUUACAAAACUAAUCAUUGAACUGAUCAGGAAUAAAUUGAGAUUAUGUCCCACUAGAACAAUCGCAAUAGAGGAUCCAGUUGCAAAUGUUUCCAGUAAUGAAACAAGACGUAUGGAUUAUGGUUCAGUGAGAAGUACCAUUAAACGAAAGAUUCUCAGCGACCCGCAAAAGGAACUACAAAGUAUCAUAAUGCAUUUGGAAGAGGAAAAUCGACAACUGCAAAUUGAAUUGCUCGACAUACAAGGCACCAAAGCAGAGAGAUUACAACGUCAUAGAGCGACCAUCGAAUCUCAAUUGCAACGAUUAAAAACGCUUAAGAAAUACUUAUUUACCGAUAUGACUCAAGUACCACAGAUUAUCACUCGUAUGCAAAGCACUCCAAUGUUACCGCCUUUAUCAUCCAGACUUACAGCAUUGCCUUUAGAAUUUGAAUUAAGUCCGAUUAUUAGGCAAGACACUGCAGAUCCACAAAAAACACUUCAUAGAAAAGAUAAAUUAAUAUCAGAUAGUUUUAAUACCUCAUCACCUAUAGAGCAUACAGGAGAAGAUAAUGCUAACGCUCUCUCUUGUGCUCAAGAGACUUUUACGAAUUCUGGAUUCGGUAAUAUACCAGAAAACAGUCGUAUGGAAUUAAGUACUUGGAUUGGAGGAACAAGAAGAGAAUUGAGUACAGCUGACAGUGGUUUCUCUCAGUGGUUGGCUGCUGGCAAUUCGAAUUGCAAAAAUAACUUUGUAGCUAAUGCAGCAAUUAGUAAUACAAAUAAUGAUUCAUCGUUGAUAGCUUCUCAAUCACCUACAGGCAUACAUAGAGACAAUACUCCAUCUUCCUUACAACGACCUGACAAACAUUCACAACAUAGUAGUUUACAAAAUAUUCAAGGAGAUCUUAAUGAUAUACUAGACAGACUGCAAAAUAUGGUUGCCAAUGACUAUUUGCUUGAUGAAUCGUAUGAUGGCAAUGACAAUUGUAAAUUGAAACGUGCCACAACAGAAAUGGAAGAUUUAUUAACUGGCCUCAUUGAAGGUAUGGAAUCUCGUAAAAGUAAACUUACUACUAUUGUUUGAAGGAUUAAUACUUCAAAUUUAAAAUCUAAAUAUUAUAUAUUUAAAAAUUUAUAUUCUUUUUUUAUGUUGCAAUGACUUUUUCUUUUAUGCAUAAUUUCAAUAAUAAUCUUAAAAGCUCUUAUCAUUGGCAUAUUAUGAAACAUAUAAAUGUGCCAUUUUAUGAUAUUAUGCAUUAUCCAAAGAAAGAAUGUACUUAAUUACUGUAAACAAUAAUGUGUAUACAAAGAUUUGAGAUAUCACACACUAUAAUCACAUAGUUAUAUUUAAUACAGUGAUCAAAUGUAAUUAUAGUCGUUAUAUUUGAUAGACUAAAAUAUUUUUGACAUUGUAUGUGUAUUUAUAUAUCUGUGCAAUCAUGAAAGAAGUAAUCUAUAUCUUGAUAUUCAUAUUGACAAAGAAUUGUUUUAUGAU